GCCAGCGAUAGUCGUCAGGCGUCCCGUUCCCGUCAGAGUACCGUUGUGUUCCGUCUGAGAAUCAGCCAGCAGAACAAUUCGAGGAGAGACGUCUAGUGAUACGGAGAUUGUCUUGUCUGGCGCUACUGUCAUCAUAAGUCGCGAAUCUGAUGCCAGCAGUUAGUUCAUCGGAUUGAUUUCCGUGUUUGUGAUUCUUGAUUCUGGUGGAUGAUGAUGCGUCAGUAGCGACUGUUGUGUGUGAAAAUUAGAACAAAAAGAAUCGAACAGUGAAAAACUUGAUGCCAGAACGGAAGACGUGAACCGCACGAAGGAAAACUUCUGGCCGAAAAUAUGGACGGCUGGCGAUAAUCCCGAGUAUUAGGCGAUUAAAAAUAAAUAACCAAAACCAAUGAUUGGUUCGCUGCUGGGUGGAUCGUGUAAAAAGUGAACGGUGUCUGAGAUUACGAAAUUCUUUGCCACUGUGUCAAGUCGACAUCUCGGGAGUGCGCUAAUCAAUGUAAAUAAAAUACAUUUGUUUCGAUGUAAGCUCUUUGUAUCUCAUAUCGCGUAGCCUUAAAUCCGGACUAAAUUCCCUAUUUAGCAAUCAUUCCGUGCUGCGUGUGUUCCGUACCGGGGCCAACACGGCAGUGUUCGCCACUCGUUGAAGUAAUUUAUUUCUUAUCUCGGAUUUUGAGUUAAGCCUAGUGUAUGCCGUUUUUGUGUUCGUCUCGCCGCCUUCUUUGGAACAAGCACACAUAAAGAGCUUCAACUUGCGGUCGUCAUCGCGGUGCAAAUUGAAUGCAGCUGCUCCCGUCUCAUCCGGCAGUGCCAGAUCAGUGCUAGUGCUAGUGAAUAUCUUUGUCGUUCUGAGCAACACGACUUUGAGUAACAAAUAAGUCGCUUCCAAUAUCGCAGUGUUUCCUUGUUUGGCGCGGAAGGAAGGCCAAACUCUAUGACCGUGAAAUAUCGUCGAUUCGUCUUGAACUAGUAGUUGCUCGGUCCUCACCCUGAUGGGAUAGGGAAUCGGGUUAAUCUGCCCAGCGCCAAGGAAGAGUGUUCGUAGAGGAGCCUUGAGAGCAGUAGGUGCCGGAGUCCACCAUGGAUUGGAUCAUCAACGACGAGCUGGGCCUGACGGUGAGCCACGUCGUGGGCUAUGUGUCCGCCUCGUUCAUGGUCGUCGGUGGGGUGCUUCCGUAUGUGCCUCAGUACAAGCAGAUCAAGAAAACGCAAGAUCCGGAGGGAUUCUCGCUGCACGUUUGCCUGGCCUUGCUAAUUGCCAACACGUUGCGGAUUCUGUUCUGGUUUUCCAGCCGGUUCGAGAUCCCUCUGCUGGUGCAAAGUGUCGUCAUGAACAUAACCAUGUUCAUAAUGAUCCACUUGUGCGUUACGGUGCGGCGCAACAAUGCCAUCAUGCGGACGCGGGAACGAGUUUUCUCAGGGGACGAUACGCUGCUGGAGGCCCGAGAUUCUAUAAAUAAGGUUAUCGAAGAGCACGCAAAGAGUGAGGCCGUAAUUAGCAACCGGGCUGCGGUGACAAUGACGGCGGCGGCCGAUGGCGCUCCUACUGGGAAGUUGACCAACAAUACCACUAUCGGGAUCGGGUCCACCCUACCGACCCAUCAUCAGCAUCAUCCUUCGGUGGGUGGCGCGCCGGGAAGUCUGAAGAAAUCACGAUCCCGGCACUACAUCGUCGAUUUUGAUUCCCGGUACUUUUGGAAUUGGACGGACUUCCAGUCGUACCUGGAGUUUAUGCUGGUGGUGUGGAUUGUAGGAGCAUUCAUUACCUACCUGAUGUUACCCGUGACCUGGUUCAUGGAAUCCGUGGGCUUCCUCGCCGUCUUCACCGAAGCAAUGUUGGGUGCACCACAAUUUCUUAGAAAUUAUAAGAAUAAGUCCACGCACGGGAUGAGUAUCUGCAUGGUGAUCAUGUGGACCGCCGGUGAUAUGUUCAAGACUGGUUAUUUUAUUUUAAGGAAUGCACCAACGCAGUUCUGGAUUUGUGGCACGCUGCAGGUUAGUCUUGAUCUUGCCAUCCUGCUGCAAGUGUACAUCUAUCGAAAGAAUCCGCCCCGUAGCACUCAUCGCGGUGACUAGCAGUUUGCCCCUCAAAAUAUUCACAACGGUACCAGUCACAGCAUCAACAACACCGAUCUUAACAAUCACCACAUCGCAAUCGGCACCACGACAAAGACCAACAGCUACACCCAAACGGGACCGAUCCCUAUCCAGCGAAACUGUUCCAUUUUGAGCAACGCCAAAAUCAACCGUUCAUCCGGUCCACCAGCCGUGAUGGCCUAUUCGUCUUCCCCGGCGGCCUCGUCCUUCUACAGUUCCAUGAUGCAGACGGACUGUUCGCUGUCGUUGAAAUCCACGGUCACUCCACAUCGACACAAGGUGGGUACCCGCUAUCACCAUUCAAAAUCACAUUCGAUCUCCGGCUCGAGGGAGACUACACCGGUACGUGUGGUAGGAGUGCCAAGUAGACGAGCGAACUCGGAGCGGUUCGACCGACAGAAAACUGCAUCACUGCCUCUUCCAAAGCGGAGGGUACUGAGCUUCAGUGCCAACUGCUCCAGCGAACCUGCGGCGACGGAUGACGAUAAUCUGGCAAAAGAGCACGAGACUGCUGGAUCCUCUUCAAAGAAGGGGCGGGAAAAUGUUCUUUGCGAGGACGUUUAUAAUUUGAGUAAUGUGGGAGACAACUGUUCGUUCGCAACAAUCACCGGGAAUGCUUUCAGCAAUCGUCGAGAUUCCAAUUGUACAUUAAAUAGCAAUAGCUACAAAGAGCAGUACAUUCUAGGUAGUAACUAUAAUAAUAAUAUCAAUCGUCACAGCCAAGAGCAUUAUGAUGCGAUGUUGCUGUCUUCUAUGGCGGUGCGGCUUAGGGAAAAGACCGAUAAACAAGAGCCCAUUGAAAUAGUGGAGCACUUUGUCGCUCCAACCAAAACGAAAGAAUGUGAGGCUAGUUUGGAUGUGAAGCCGCAUCACUAUGAAACGAAUUCCAAAUCCCUGGAGGAUAUCUUAUGACGACACGCAGCACUGGUCCUGUGGCCAGUGCUGAAACUUGAGCAAAUAGUAAAAUUAGAAUCAGAGUCAGAAUCGAAGCAACAGCCUUCGGCUACAUCGACCAUAUCAAACAAUGAAUCUCGCACGAUGCGGUCAGCUGAGACACAAACCGAGCUGAUCGAGUGCAGCGGAGAUGAAGGUGCCAGCAGCGAAGAUGCUGGAAGUGCUAUUGACGACGAACUGGAGGUGAUCUCAAUGCGGCCUCCAACCGAGGAAGCGACGGAUGCAGUGCAAAAAGAUGGAGGUCGUGAUGUCGACGACGACGACGAGGAUGGCUUUGACGAUGAGGAUAUUCUCGGAGAGCACGCCAAGCUGAAGACUAUCAAAAGGUUGAACUGUACCAACCUGUUCAACUUCAACAAGCUGGAAUUGUUGAACGAACGAUGUACGGUGGUUGGUACUGGGCAGCAACAAAUCAGCGACAGCAGUCGAAAUCUGUGUGAGCACGAAAUGCACGUGGCCAUCGACGAAGACCUUGAACAGGCCACGACAGCAGGAGAGGGAAAACGGACUAGGAAAGAUUCGACUGGUUCCAGCAGUGCGAUAGUCUUCAUCCAGGAAAGUCCGGAAGUGAUAUUAUAGCAGUGGCAUUUCUCUUUUUAUUUAAGAGCCGUUAUCUAUUUUUAGUACUACGCAUAGAAAGAGAAAUAUUAUUGUUAGUGAGACUUAAUUUCUUUCUUCCUGUGUGAAUGCAUGAGCCGGAAGUGAGCGAGAGAGGCAACGAGCGAAAGAGUCUAUCCUAAAUUGUACAGAAGGGAUCUAUUUUUGUACCAAAAAAUCAACAAAUCAAGAACAAAGAUGUAACAUUUAGAUUUUUCCUUGGAAAUCUAUUUAACAGGGCAAUUGCAAAUUGACCCACAGAACUGCUUGGCAAAAAUUGAACCAAUAAAAAAAAUCGCGCUUCAAUGUCAUGUUUACCCCGAAACGGUGUUAGUUUCCCGAGGCUCUACCGAAGGGUUGUGUUUUCUACAAGCAAUCCACUUUAUUAUCCACUACUUCAUGCCGGAGUAAUAAUCCACUCAGUUUUUCCAUUAGGUAGGUAAAUUUAGAAUAUCACUUUGAAUAUUUUGAGGGGUCAAAUUCUAUUUAAGUUAACUAAGACAAAUACCACUACAAACGAGAACUAUUCUAAUUUCAUACAAAAAAGAAAGACUUAACCUGAUAAACACUAACAAAUUUGAAGCCUUUAUAUCUACGCUUUCUGAUUAAUGAGAAAAAGAAUUUCUAUAUUGUUUCUUCGUUCGAAGAAACGGAACAUCUAAUGCAUUAUAUUUAAUUGUGAGAAUUAGCGAUAUGUUCAAGUCUAGUCUUAAACGCGCGAAUGAGAGAGAAAAAAAGGAAAAAAGAUAAAACAGAAAUCGAAGAAGCUGGAACGAAGUGAAAGUUUAGUUUAUAAAAGUUGGUAGGGCAAUUUUGCUGUGAGAUUUUUGUUAUAUUAACUUAUUAUUAAAAGUGAUAAUGUAGCCGAAUUAAAAAAA